AUGUACGGCACCGGCACAGGCCCGCAGACGGGCGUGUCGACCCCGCGCACUUCCAACUCUCUCCGGCCCCUGACCGUGUCCCAUGGCUCGCUCGAGACGUCGUUCCUCGUGCCUACCAACCUGCACUACCACGCUUCCGAGCUGAAAGAGCGCUUCACCGCCAGCUUACCAGCACCCACCGACGAGCUGGCCCAAGAUGACGAGCCUUCGUCCGUCGCCGAGCUCGUGGCCCGCUUCAUGGGCUUCGUGGCCAACGAGGUCGAGGAGGGCGAGGACGACGCCCAGGGCUCGUACGAGGAGGUGCUCAAGCUGAUCCUCAACGAGUUUGAGCGCGCCUACCUGCGCGGCAACGAGGUCCACGUCCUAGCCGCGUCGCUGCCUGGCAUCGACAGCAAGAAGUUGGCUGUCAUUCGUAGCUACUACGCUGCGCGUGCUGUCUCGAACCGCACCAUCCGUCCGCACAUGCCCGCGCUCUUCCGCGCCGCCGAGGACUCCUCGGCAAAUCUCUACAACAUCUUUGGUGGCCAAGGCAACAUCGAGGAGUACUUUGAGGAGCUGCGCGAGCUGUUUGAGACCUACCCCACCUUUGUCGGCGACCUCAUCGUCAACGCCGCCGAGCUGCUGCAGACGCUCUCCAAGCACUCGAGCGCCGACAAGCUGUUCGCCAAGGGCCUCGAUGUCAUGACCUGGCUGCGCCGCCCCGAGACGACGCCCGACACCGACUACCUCGUGUCGGCGCCUGUCAGCUUCCCCCUGAUUGGUCUCGUUCAGCUCGCACACUAUGCCGUCACCUGCAAGGUCCUGGGCAUCCACCCCGGCCUGCUGCGGGAGCGGAUACGUGGCGCGACGGGCCACUCGCAGGGCAUUGUUCUUGCCGCUGUGACCGCUGCGGCCGACUCGUGGGAGUCGUUCACCGAGCUCGCCAAGUCCGCCCUUACCAUUCUGUUCUGGAUCGGCGCGCGCAGCCAGCAGACCUUCCCCCGCACCUCCCUCACACCUUCCAUGCUCCAAGACUCGAUCGACAACGGCGAGGGCGCUCCGACGCCUAUGCUGAGCAUCCGCGACCUGUCCCAGGAGCAGGUCCAGAAGCACAUUGAUGUGACCAACCAGUACCUCCCGGUCGACCGCCACAUCGCCAUCUCCCUCAUCAACAGCCCGCGCAACAUGGUCGUCACCGGCCCGCCCAUCUCCCUCUACGGCCUGAACCUGCAGCUGCGCAAGGUGAAGGCCCCGACUGGCCUGGACCAAACGCGCAUCCCCCACACCGAGCGCAAGGUUCGCUUUGUCAACCGCUUCCUGCCCAUCACCGCGCCCUUCCACAGCCCCUAUCUGGAGAAGGCCACUGCGUUGAUCGACGACGACCUGAGCAAGAUUGAGAUUGACGCGGAUGACCUCGGCAUGGCCGUCUUCGACACCAACACUGGCAAGGACCUGCGCGAGAGCGUCCAGGGCAACAUUGUGCCCACUCUCAUCCGCUUGAUCACCCGUGACCCCGUCAACUGGGAGAAAGCUACUGCUUUCCCCGAGGCGUCCCAUGUCCUGGACUUCGGCCCGGGCGGCAUCUCUGGCCUGGGUAUCCUCACCAGCCGCAACAAGGAGGGCACUGGUGUUCGUGUCAUCUUGGCUGGCGCUGUCAAUGGCACUGUCACCGAGGUCGGCUACAAGCCUGAGCUGUUUGACCGCGACGAGGAGAACGCUGUCAAGUUCGCCAUUGACUGGGUGCGCGAGUACGGUCCCAGGCUGAUCAAGACCAAGAGCGGUCAGACCUACGUCGACACCAAGAUGAGCCGUCUCCUCGGUGUGCCCCCUAUCAUGGUCGCCGGUAUGACGCCGUCGACUGUGCCGUGGGACUUUGUUGCUGCGACCAUGAACGCUGGCUACCACAUUGAGCUCGGCGGUGGUGGCUACUACAACGCCAAGAACAUGACCAACGCGCUGCUGAAUAUCGAGGGGGCCAUCACUGCUGGUCGCGGCAUUACCAUCAACCUCAUCUACGUCAACCCGCGCGCCAUGGGCUGGCAGAUUCCUCUGAUUGGCCGUCUCCGCGCCGAGGGCGUGCCCAUCGAGGGUCUUACUAUUGGUGCUGGUGUUCCUUCCAUCGAGGUCGCCCAGGAGUACAUUGAGACGCUCGGCCUGAAGCACAUUGCCUUCAAGCCCGGCUCGGUCGAGGCCAUCCAGGCCGUCAUCAACAUCGCCAAGGCCAAUCCCAAGUUCCCUGUCAUUCUUCAGUGGACCGGUGGCCGUGGUGGUGGCCAUCACUCCUUCGAGGACUUCCACCAGCCCAUCUUGCAGAUGUACAGCCGCAUCCGCCGCUCGGAGAACAUCAUCCUUGUUGCCGGUAGUGGCUUCGGUGGUGCCGACGACACCUACCCCUACAUCACGGGUGAGUGGUCGAAGAAGUACGGCUAUCCCCCGAUGCCUUAUGAUGGCUGUCUCUUCGGUAGCCGCAUGAUGGUCGCCAAGGAGGCCCACACCAGCAAGAACGCCAAGCAGGCCAUUGUCGACGCCCCCGGCGUCGAGGACAGCGAAUGGGAGAAGACGUACAAAGGCCCGGCCGGGGGUGUCAUUACUGUUCGCUCCGAGAUGGGUGAGCCCAUCCACAAACUGGCCACCCGCGGUGUGCUCUUUUGGGCCGAGAUGGACAAGAAGAUCUUCAGCCUGCCCAAGGAAAAGCGCGUCGCCGAGCUGAAGAAGAACCGCGAGUACAUUAUCAAGAAGCUCAACGACGACUUCCAGAAGGUCUGGUUCGGUCGCAACAAGGCCGGCGACACGGUCGAUCUGGAGGACAUGACCUAUGGUGAGGUGGUCCGCCGCCUGGUCGAGCUGCUCUACGUCAAGCACGAAAAGCGCUGGAUUGACCCCUCGUUCGAGAAGCUGACUGGUGACUUUAUCCACCGUGUCGAGGAGCGUUUCACUACUGGCACCAAGCAGCCGUCGCGCCUGCAGAACUACUCGGACCUGGAUGAGCCGUACUCUGGUGUGGAACGCAUUCUCGAACACUACCCCGAUGCCGAGACCCAGAUCAUCAACGCUCAGGACGUCCAGCACUUCCUCAUGCUGUGCCAGCGCCGUGGCCAGAAGCCAGUGACCUUCGUCCCGGCCCUGGACGAGAACUUUGAGUUCUUCUUCAAGAAGGACUCCCUCUGGCAGUCUGAGGAUCUGGAGGCUGUCAUUGGCCAGGAUGUGGGACGUACCUGUAUUCUGCAGGGCCCCGCUGCCGCCCGCUACUCCAAGGUUGUCGAUGAGCCGAUCAAGUCCAUUCUGGACGGGAUCCACGAGGCCCACAUUGCCGGCCUGACCAAGGAUGUGUACAAGGGCGAUGCGACCCAGAUUCCCACCAUUGAAUACUUUGGUGGCAAGCUUAUCGACACGGAUGUUCCCCUCGACCUGGAGAGCGUGUCUGAGUCGUAUGACGAGCACAAGAACAUCUACCGCCUUGCCUACUCACCCAACAUUCCUCUGCCGGGUGUCGAUGACUGGCUGACGCUGCUUGCCGGCAAGAACCACUCUUGGCGCCACGCUCUCCUGCUGUCGGACGUCCUGGUGCAGGGCAAGAAGUACCAGACGAACCCUAUGAAGCGGGUGUUCGCUCCGGUGCGCGGCUUGUUUGUGGAGAUCCGCAACCCCAACGACCCCGAGAAGACGGAGAUCAUUGUCAAGGAGCAGCCCCGCCAGAACCAGUACAAGGACGUCGUUCACGUCAAGCUGACUGGCAAGAACGAGAUCCAGGUCAACGUCAUCAAGCACUCCACGGCGCUUGGCAAGCCGGUCGACAUGACCCUCAAGUUCAUCUACCACCCCGAGGCUGGCUACGCUCCCAUCCACGAGGUCAUGGAUGACCGCAACGACCGCAUCAAGCAGUUCUACUGGCGCGUGUGGUUCGGCAGCGAGCCGAUCAACCUGGACGCCGAGGUGACUGGCAAGUUUGACGGCGGCAAGGCCGUCAUCACGGGCGAGGACAUCAACGACUUUGUCCACGCCGUCGGCAACACCGGUGAGGCUUUCGUUGAUCGCCCGGGCAAGACAGUCUACGCUCCCAUGGACUUUGCCAUUGUUGUUGGCUGGAAGGCCAUCACCAAGCCCAUCUUCCCGCGCACCAUUGAUGGAGACCUGCUGAAGCUGGUGCAUCUGUCGAAUGAGUUCCGCAUGCUUCCUGGUGCCGAGCCGCUGAAGAAGGGCGAUGUUGUCUCGACGACGGCGCAAAUCAACGCCGUCAUCAACCAGGAGUCGGGCAAGAUGGUCGAAGUGUGUGGCACGAUUGUGCGCGACGGCGAGGCCGUCAUGGAGGUCACCUCGCAGUUCUUGUACCGCGGCGAUUACAAGGACUACGAGAACACCUUCCAGCGCAAGACCGAGACGCCGAUGCAGGUCCACCUGGCGACGACCAAGGACGUCGCUGUCCUGCGCUCCAAGCAGUGGUUCCUUCUGGACGACCAGCAGGACAUUUCCCUGCUGGGCCAGACGCUGACCUUCCGUCUGCAGUCGCUGGUGCGGUUCAAGAACCAGACCGUCUUCAGCCACGUCGAGACGCGCGGUCAGGUCCUUCUGGAGCUGCCGACCAAGGAGGUCGUCCAGGUCGCCAGCAUCGAGUACGAGGCCGGUGUGUCCAACGGCAACCCGGUGAUCGACUACCUCGAGCGCCACGGCUCGUCGAUUGAGCAGCCCAUCAACUUUGAGAACCCGAUCCCGCUGAGCGGCCGCACGCCUCUUCUCCUUCGCGCCCCCGCGUCGAACGAGACGUAUGCUCGCGUGUCGGGCGACUACAACCCCAUUCACGUGUCGCGUGUGUUUGCCAACUACGCCAACCUCCCCGGCACCAUCACGCAUGGCAUGUACUCGAGCGCCGCGGUGCGCAGCCUGGUGGAGACGUGGGCGGCCGAGAACAACAUUGGUCGCGUGCGUAGCUUCCACGCGUCGCUUGUCGGCAUGGUGCUGCCCAACGACGACAUCCACGUCAAGCUGCAGCACGUCGGCAUGAUCAGCGGCCGCAAGAUUAUCAAGGUCGAGGCCAGCAACAAGGAGACGGAGGAGAAGGUGCUCCUGGGCGAGGCCGAGAUCGAGCAGCCGGUCACUGCGUACGUCUUCACGGGCCAGGGCUCGCAGGAGCAGGGCAUGGGCAUGGACCUGUACGGCAGCAGCGAGGUCGCCAAGAACGUGUGGGACCGCGCGGACAAGUACCUGAUGGAGACGUACGGCUUUGCAAUCACCAACAUUGUCAAGAACAACCCCAAGGAGCUCACGAUCCACUUUGGUGGUCCCCGCGGCAAGCUCAUUCGCCAGAACUACAUGGCGAUGACGUUUGAGACGGUGAUGGCCGACGGGUCGAUCAAGUCGGAGCGCAUCUUCAAGGACAUCAACGAGACGACGUCGUCGUACACCUACCGGUCGCCCACGGGUCUGCUGUCGGCGACGCAGUUCACGCAGCCUGCUCUGACCCUCAUGGAGAAGGCCAGCUUCGAGGACAUGAAGGCCAAGGGUCUGGUGCCGCGCGACAGCACAUUUGCCGGCCACUCUCUGGGCGAGUACUCGGCGCUGGCGGCGCUUGCGGACGUCAUGCCGAUCGAGUCUCUCGUGUCGGUCGUGUUCUACCGCGGCUUGACGAUGCAGGUGGCCGUGGAGCGCGACGCGAGCGGGCGCUCCAACUACUCGAUGUGCGCCGUCAACCCCAGCCGCAUCUCCAAGACCUUUAACGAGGAGGCGCUGCGCUUUGUUGUCAACAGCAUUGCCGAGGAGACGGGCUGGCUGCUGGAGAUUGUCAACUUCAACAUUGCCAACAUGCAGUACGUGUGCGCGGGCGACCUGCGCGCGCUCGACACGCUUGCGGGCGUGACCAACUUCCUCAAGGUGCAGAAGAUCGACAUUGACCAGAUGCGCGAGCAGCUCAAGAUCGAGCAGGUGCGCGAGCAUCUCAACGAGAUCAUCCGCGGCUGCGCGCAGGAGACGGAGAAGAAGCCCACGCCGCUGGAGCUGCAGCGCGGCUUCGCGACGAUCCCGCUGCGGGGCAUCGACGUGCCGUUCCACUCGACCUUUUUGCGCAGCGGUGUCAAGCCGUUCCGGUCGUUCCUGCUCAAGAAGAUCAACAAGACGACGAUUGACCCGGCGAAGCUCAUUGGCAAAUACAUUCCCAACGUGACGGCCAAGCCGUUUGCGCUGACCAAGGAGUACUUUGAGGACGUGUACAAGCUGACCAACUCGCCGCGCAUCGGCCACGUGCUGGCGAACUGGGACAAGUACCAGGAGGACGGCGUUGUGAACGGCAUACACGGCACGGAGACCAACGGUGUCGAGAUCAACGGUACGAACGGUACGAACGGUGCCCAGGUCGAGACCGACUCGGACAGCGUCGAGGCAUAG